UCACUUCUCAGCGACGCGCUGUGAUUGGUCAGCACAGGCUGGAUUCGAACCCCUCCCCCUCGCCCCCAGCCGUCGCUGCAGUUAACAAAGUUUGAGCCAGCAGCGGUCUGCGGCUCAUUCCGCUUCAGCUCAGACUCGACACAGGUUCUCCCGAAAAAAACAUCCGAAAUGAACCAGCUGAAGGAGCGCUUUACUGCUUUUCUUAACGAAAAGAACUUUGUCACAGAUCAGUUAGCGACGUUGGAACAAAAAACCGGCGUGAAAAAGGAGUUUAUCGUUUUGGGUUUGUUUGGUUUUCUCGUUCUGUACCUGCUGUUUGGAUACGGAGCCUCGUUACUCAGUAACCUGAUUGGCUUCAUUUAUCCAGCUUAUUUCUCCAUCAAAGCCAUUGAGAGCAAGAACAAGGAGGAUGACACGCAGUGGCUGACCUACUGGGUUGUUUAUGGACUCUUCACCGUUGUUGAGGCUUUCUCCGACAUUUUUCUCUUCUGGUUGCCAUUUUACUAUGUUGGCAAGUGUCUGUUCUUGGUUUGGUGCAUGGCUCCGGUGAAGUGGAACGGCUCCAACAUGCUGUACAGUCGUGUGAUUCUGCCAUUUUUCUUGAAACAUCAGACGGCCAUGGACAACAUGGCCACUGAUCUGAAAGCUCGGACGAAGUCCCUCUGUGAGACCGUCACAAAAGAAGCUGUUAGCAGCGCCCUCAACCAUGACAAGGAUGAGUGACGAGGACGGAACGGCCUGGUGUUUGUCUGAGUUUUUGUCCACUUCUUCUGUGACGGAUGAUUUACCGACCCCGAACUGAAGGAUCAGCUCAUGAAAAGAUAAAAAAGGUUGUUUCUACAGCCGGCCUGAACUCCAUCAGCGCAAAGACGACGACCCAGAAAAGGCUAACCUUUUUAGCCACACGCAUUUACCCUUUGACAGUGUGAAAACAGAGUAAAUAAAAUGUUUGUAAAAUAACAAUGCAGUUGUUUCCUCAAACAUUUUAGAGUAGAUCUGGUGACUCAUCAUCUGUGUAACUGUAAAGAUCUCAGGCUUUGUUUCUUAUCAAAGCAGGAAACCCUACAUGUUAAUUCUUUGCUUUUAUUGACUCUAAAUUUAAAUGUUAUUUCUCUUAAGAGCCAAAUGCUCGUUUGUGCCAUCAAAUGUUCAAUCUGUCUUUGAGCCAUUGUUGAUUUUUAACUCUGGAAAAUGUCUGUCUUCACUUUCUUAAGUUAUUAUCUAUGAAUAAAAUUAAA